CUGUCCUCAAGCGUGUAAGUGAAACUAUUUGCACUUCGAUACCGACACCAUAUACAAACAGCUGCUGUUUCUGCUAAUUUGCUGGGCUUGCGGAAGUUUUUUUAUCGUAGCGCGUCUCGACGCUGCCGUCAUAUUAUGCUUCAUUCCCUUGAAGUCAACGUACAUCCUCGUCGGGAUAUAACAUUUUAGGUAGCUAAAGUCCCCUUCUUGGCCUUUUUGCUUACUUAUUGAAACCCCAAUAUACAUCAACGGGCCGUUGACCCAGGCGCAACAAUGCAACACCUUUGCUUGCGUAUUCCGAUGCAUCAUAGCCUAUCUUCGAAUAGCUCCUUUAUCCGGAAGCCAACAUUGCCAACAUUUCGACGUAGAUUGGACCCUCGACAUGGGGUUGCCUCCGACCAGUUACGAAUUCAGCGGAGGAAAACACGCUGCUACGCCAUGAACAAUUUGGGACAGAUAGAACCCCAUCCUGUGCGUCGAGCGUUUCUCAGCAUCGGCGUACCUGAGGAUGACCUUCAUCGUGCGAGCUGUUUGGAGCCUGCAUUGCUGGAAUAUACCACGGAACGGCUGUACGCCAUGCUGGACUUGCUACUUAACUUGGGCUUGACCGGCAGCGACAUUGGCAAGGUUCUCAUUGCGUUCCCGCAGGCCUUCCAGCUGUCCACCGACCACCAUGCGGCGCCCGCAGUGGACUUCCUGCGGACCGACGUGGGGCUGGGGCCGGCGGAGGUGCGGGCGGUGGUCACCCGCUUCCCCGCGGUGCUGGGCAUGAACGUCAAGGCCCAGCUGCGCCCCCAGGUGGCCUACCUCACCAGCCUGGGUGUGCCGCCCGAGUCGCUGCGCGCGCUGGUGCUGUCGCGGCCGCUGGUGCUGGGGCCGGGCAUCGAGAGCGUCAUCUCCUUCCUGCGCCGCUGCGGACUGCCGCGCACGCAGAUGCACCGCCUGCUGCGGUCCUACCCGCUGGACUACAGGGUGCACGUGAAGGGCUUCUCAGCGGCGGCUUCGGGCGGCUCCUCGCCACCGGGAGGGGGCAGCGGCGGCGGCAUGGGGCGCGGGAGGGCCCAGUGAGGGCCGCAGGGCGCCGUGCAGGGCGGCUGCCGACCAGUUCUUGUCAGUCGAUACGGUGGAGGGAAUGCGGCACAGCUACGCGGGGUGCGCUGGUUCGUGGGGACGCAUCGUUGGCAUCGAGGU